UCAAUAGUUACUCACUCUCAACAGAGCCUGGUUAUUCUUCCUAGAAUAUUGCCAUCGCCAUAGCCAAAAGCUUCUUAUCCACAGUUUCCAACACAGAGACCUUCGAUGCAAAUAUGGCCGCAAGACUCAGACUUACCAGAGUAAUGCCAAUACCUUCGUCUUCUCUUAUCAUUCAAUCUCGCUUCAUAUCUCUCCCUCUCAAACCACGAACUCGCCUCCCUCCAAAACCCCAUCUUCCGACCUCCAAAUCCCUCGUUUUCAGGCUCUUCUCCGUCUCCGCUGCUUCCGCGGUCUCGUCCUCGCACCAUUCGAAGAGCUUCGAUGGCGAUAUCGAGCCGUACUUGUCGUGUUCGAUGCCUCACAAACGCCUCAGAGUCGCCGUGCUUCUCAGCGGCGGCGUCGACAGCAGCGUCGCUCUGCGCCUCCUCCACGCCGCCGGCCACUCCUGUACCGCCUUUUACCUCAAGAUUUGGUUCCAAGAAGAUUUCGAGAACUUUUGGUCGGAGUGUCCAUGGGAAGAGGAUUUGAAGUAUGCCAAAGCUGUUUGUAGUCAGAUUGAAGUGCCACUUGAAGUUGUACAUUUGACUGAUGAGUAUUGGAAGAAUGUGGUAUCCUACAUUAUUGACGAGUAUCGCUGUGGCCGUACCCCUAAUCCAGAUGUUCUUUGCAAUACGAGAAUAAAGUUUGGUUCAUUUAUGGAUGCCAUCAGCAGUAUGGAGUUCGACUACGUUGCUUCUGGACAUUAUGCGAACGUUGUCCACUCAUUUACAAAUGAAAGGGGCGAUGCAUCUGUUUUGGAACUAUCACAAGACAUGGUGAAGGAUCAGACCUACUUCCUUUCACAUCUGUCUCAGGCCCAGCUUAAGCGAUUAGUUUUCCCACUUGGUUGUAUCUCAAAGGAAGAAGUUCGCAAGCUUGCCAAAAAAUUUGAUCUACCUAAUAAAGACAGAAAGGAUUCACAAGGGAUAUGCUUUCUCGGGAAGAUAAAGUUUAGUGAAUUUGUCGCUAGACACAUAGGUGAGAAGGAAGGUAUCAUUUUAGAAGCUGAAACAGGAGAUUUCUUGGGAAUGCAUCGGGGUUUUUGGUUCUAUACAAUUGGUCAACGUCAAGGUCUACGCCUUCCUGGAGGACCCUGGUAUGUGGUUGAGAAGGAUGUAAAAAACAAUGUAGUUUUUGCAUCAAGAAAUUACUUUUCCUUUGACAAAAGAAGACGAAUUUUCCGUGUUGGCUCCUUGAAAUGGCUAAAUGGUUUGCCUCCAGAUCAAACCUGUCAACUGCAGUGCAAGGUCAGACAUGGCCCUGGGUUUUACAAUUGUAGCUUUACUAUGGAAUCUGGAGAAAACAGUGGUGAAGAUGUUGCAGUUGUCCAGUUAUCCGAAGAUGAUCAAGGCCUGGCAGUAGGACAGUUUGCAGCCUUCUACCAGGGGAAGAGCUGCUUGGGCUCUGGCAUUAUAUUGGAGUCUUGGGAUGACCAAGGCUUUCCUGUAUGUGAAAAGGCUCUCGAGAUUGCGAAAAUGGAAGAUAAGUCGCUCCUUGGAAAACCAGUUAAGAUAAAAGUGAAGCCGGAGAGUCCCACAAUAGAGCCUGGUCAGAAAAGCAGUACAGAGCUGGACAGGGGACAGAGAAGUUCCCACAUUGCUGCUGCCAAACAAGGCAGGCAGGCAUUAUCCUUCCCAAUGAAGUGGCUCCAACGGUUGCGAGAGAAGUGGUUUCGGAUAUUCUGAGAGUGCAUAAAUAUAAGUAUAGUUAUACAGCCAUGGAAUGAUGGAAAAUUCUCGUAGGUGACAAUUAGAUAGGGACCUUUGGUCUUUUAAGUGUAUAGACUAUAGGUAUAGUAAUUAGUAAGUUCACAUUGCCUACAUUUCAUCAUAGAUGGGUUCAAUUUUUACCAAAUUUGCUGCAAGACUUCUUUGUAUCACUAAAUUAAGCCCCGAUUUUUGAAACCGGAAUACUUACCAAAUCCAAAUAUGCUUGAAUGAAUUUCUUCUAGU